GCACCGUGCUGUCCACUAAAGCUGCCUGCCCUCCAUCUGCCUCUCCGUUUGCCAACUGCUAACCUCCAUUACAGCUUUUUGUUCACGCCGUCGUGUUUGGACAUCUCCAUUGCCUCGCAGCAUAGUUAUCACAAGUGCGCCACCCUGAUUCUCGGAAGUAGAGGUUGUCAUCAUGUUGGAGCUCGCCAUAGCAGAAGCAUACCGGCCGCGCCCACGCCCACAACAACCUCCAGCCGCGCCUCCACGACUAGCGACAUUCGCAACGAACCCCAACGCUCGAGCUUCGGUCUCUUCGCUGCGCUCUCAGUCACCCUCGCUACCGUCGCGCAGACCAAGCGUGGUCUCCCACGCUUUCUCACUCAGGAGCUGGGUACCGCGGCGAACGCGACUGGGGUCCAUCUCCAGCGGCAGGACAGUCACACCGCACGAUGCUACACGAGCUGACUCAAUAUUCAGUCAGGCGACUGUGAAACCUACAAGUCGUGCGAUACAGGAUGUAGAGAGAUGUGCGCAAGACUCACCAGUCCCCCGCCAACCAAUUGUGACACCCGCUCCUCAUGCCCUUUCGUCGUCAGAAGUGUACGAGCAAGAACUACCACCCCUCCCACCCCCCGUCCCUCUCCCACCACAAGAAGAGCUCGAACACUUUGACACCGCCCUACAAGAGUGUCUUGAGGCCCUCCAACCUCCAUCCUCGUGCUUGAACCGCGACUUGGCGGGCACAGCUCUCGAGCACCUUUCACACAUCGCCGACCUAGCAUCCUGCAUCGCGACCUCCUGGCCGGAGUUCUUCACUAUGCUAUUACACGCCGUGAAGCUGAUGGCCAGCGUAUUGCCCACGCAUGAGGUUGGAGCGAGGAAUGUGCUGGUGAGAUCGUUGGCGGGCGUUGUGAAGCGGUGGAAUGAGAAGAGAAGGAGGGGAACAGCGGAGAUACCGAUGGUGAUUGGCGAGGUAUUCGAUAAUUUGGUGCAAGCCAGAAAGAUGGAGAAUGAGCGGCUGGGCGAAAAGUUUGGGCGGUGGCUGUGUGGAGCUUGGGGAAACGUCAAGAGAACGGAGGGUAAGAUGUUGAGGAUACUGACGCUGAGUGUGUCGACUGCGGUGUUGGCGGCUUUGAAAUACGCACUCACUGCCGAUCAGGAUUUGGAGAUUCACCUCUCGGUUCUGACAUCGUUAGACAAGGGCUUGCCUCUUCCACCGGCAUAUCCACGAUUGCGGGUCACCACCUAUCCGUCCACUACAAUUGGUACGGCAAGCCAGGGUGUUGACGUCCUCCUCCUGGAGCCUGACAGCAUUGGUCAUGACGGAGACGUGCAAUGCCAGAACGGGGCAUUGGGGACCGCUGUAUGCGUCAGGGCGCUCUCUCCAACGGCGAGGGUCGUUGUUUUGAGUGGAGCAGACAAUGUUGCAUCAUCGGCGAUAAAGGGACGUGCUGCCACUGAGGCCAUAGGCGGUAUCGAGGAGACACCUGAAUUGGUCUCUGCAGAGUUCGUGGACGUUUACGCCACUGACGUUGGAUUCUUGAAGGCCGAAGAUUUUGAUAGAAUGGCUGUGGAGGUCGCGGAACUGGAUCAGCGCAUACUUCGAUAGGACGGCGAUUUACUGGUUUUGGGAGCUGGUUUGUAUAUUUGGAGUUGCUAAGGUUGUCAGCAUUGCUUGAAAACCAGUCACAUAGCUCUCGAAGUCUGCACUGGGUAAGGACUUGACUUUUGGAAAAGUUCAUCUGGAAUAUGCCCCGGCAACGCCAUUCUUGCAACCUCGAGCCCAAGCUCAUGGCUGCCAUAAUACCAACCGCUAAACUCAUGCUGUUCGUACAAUGCUGUAUCGUCAACCUCAAAUCCGAUCAAAUUCCUCUGUUUCCACUGAUUCUCUAGUCCCCAGAGACAUGGUAUGCCUCUGCACUUCUAAAUGAGGUGCUUGCUCCUGAAAUACGCCCUCAGGU